UUCAUGUAAUAGAAUCCAAACAGGAGUUCAUUGGAACAACCGAAAAGGCUUUCUUUUACAUCCGGAAGUGCAUUUCUCCCAGGAGGGUGUUGUAUCAACACUUCCGGAACCACUGUUGGAUCAUUUUCAUGAGUGGAGGCGAACAGAAGAAGGCUCUGGUAGGCAUAGCUUGACUUAGCGUUAACUUGACGAAUUGACAUCGCAUCGUCAUUGCUGGCGCAGAUACUUAUCUUUACACAAAUGGAAAAUAAAUGACUAAAUGUAUCCAGGAUCAUAAUAAAAGAUACCUGUGAAAGCUGUCACCUGCCAAGCCAAUGUCGAUGUUGCAGUGACAGGCCCGGGCGGAGGCAGAGCCCGGUGCCCCUGCCCCUUUGCCCAGCUUAAGAUCAGCCCCUGACAAAAAUAAAACCAACACUUUCGUCCUGGGCCUCUGGUCGUUUGGUGGGCACCUUGAGCCAUGGACCACCCACGGGAAAAAGAAAGUGAGCGGCCAGCGCGGAGCAAGGCGGGUCAGGGGCGUAGUGGGCACUCCCGACCCUCUGGGUCAGGCUCCUCAGGAGUCCUGAUGGUGGGUCCCAACUUUCGUGUGGGCAAGAAGAUCGGCAGUGGUAACUUUGGAGAGCUGAAGCUAGGUAAAAACCUCUACACCAAUGAGUAUGUUGCAAUAAAAUUGGAACCAAUAAAGUCAAGGGCACCUCAGUUGCAUUUGGAGUACCGGUUUUACAAAACCUUAGGCAGCACAGCAGAGGGUCUUCCUCAGGUGUACUACUUUGGGCCCUGUGGUAAAUAUAAUGCCAUGGUUUUAGAGCUGCUGGGCCCCAGUCUAGAAGACCUCUUUGACCUCUGUGACAGGACCUUCUCUCUCAAGACUGUGUUAAUGAUGGCUAUUCAGCUACUUUCCCGAAUGGAGUAUGUCCAUUCCAAGAACCUUAUCUACCGAGAUGUGAAGCCUGAGAACUUCCUCAUUGGGCGGCAGGGGCACAAGCAGGAGCACAUAAUCCACAUCAUUGAUUUUGGCCUGGCCAAAGAGUACAUUGACCCAGAGACCAAAAAACACAUCCCCUACAGAGAACACAAGAGCCUCACCGGGACUGCCCGCUACAUGUCUAUCAACACUCACUUGGGGAAAGAGCAAAGUCGUCGAGAUGACCUGGAAGCCUUAGGCCACAUGUUCAUGUAUUUCCUACGGGGGAGUCUACCAUGGCAAGGACUCAAGGCUGACACCUUGAAAGAGCGUUACCAGAAAAUUGGGGACACCAAACGCAACACUCCCAUCGAGGUCCUCUGUGAAAGCUUUCCAGAAGAGAUGGCCACAUACCUGCGCUACGUUCGGCGGUUGGACUUUUUUGAGAAGCCAGAUUACGAUUAUUUGAGGGCUCUAUUCACUGAGCUGUUUGAACGCAAAGGAUACACCUUUGACUACUCCUACGACUGGGACGGCAGACCAAUUCCUACACCCGUCGGAUCUAUUAACAUGGACUCUGGUGUGUCUGCCAUCAGAGAAAGCCAUGCUAACAGGGAAAGGCCCUCUCAGCAACAGCCUUUAAGGAACCAGACUGCAGCAUCAGACCGCAGAGGAGCAUGGGAUGCACAGCCCCACCGGCAAACAAACUCCUCCUACCUGAGCAGUUCCCACCUGGCCGUGGACAGGCAUGGGGGCUCCGUCCAGGUGGUCAGCUCCACCAAUGGGGAGCUGAACGCAGAUGACCCGUUGACAGCCCACUCCAAUGCACCUAUCACAGCGCAGGCUGAGGUGGAGGUGGUGGAAGAGGCCAACUGCGUGAAAAUGCUCAACCUGUGGUGCUGUUGCUUCUUUAAGCGAAAACGGAAGAAAAACACGCCACGGCAGAAAUAAGCUCCUGCUGCCCUGUCUGGUGUUGCUAAGCGGGUUUGGUUUUAAGGAAACUAAUGAAGGGACUUUUCCAGUAGGGAGUUGGGAGAGUGACUUCUUAUUACAAGACACAUGGGAUUCUCGCUGACCUGGACCUACAGGCUGGAAUGGCAUCGACCAUCGCCACAGAGACCACAGUGGCUGAACGGAUGAAUGACUGAUUUCGACCUUUGAUCCUGACAUCUCAUCUGCCUCUUUUUUGUGGAUUCCUACUGUUGCUAUAACAGAGUUUAAAAGUCAAGUGUCCCUCCCGCCCCCUCUGUCUCUGUGAGGACCAGGCUAGUAGUGUAGACACCACCAAUCCCCUCUUCUGACUCACCAAACACACUCCCAUCCCCAGUAAAAACAGGGCUUAAGCUGUCCCUGGUCGUUUGCUGUUUUUCUAUGCAUAUUUAUCUCUGUACAUACAGUAUGUAGGUGUGAACGUUUGUUUAAAUUCAUGAAUGUGCCCAAAUGGCUAAUUAGUUCAUAUGCCACCAAGCCCAUCCCACUCCCCGUUCCAUUUGACUGUUUUGGAAGUGACACAUACCACUACCUAGACUCCCUCUCGAUACCCCUUUUAUUUAUCUGCAGAAAUGCCAUAGGUGUAAGCAAACGUUAGUAGUCCCACCUUUUGGAUGGCUUAGUGGAGUGUGCCACAACAUUGCUAAACAUGCCUCGACUUCUUUCACCUUAAGGGGCCAGUGAGAAGGGUCUCCGGGUUGAUUUGGGAUUGGACAUAAGUAGUCAGUGUGUGGGUGACAGAAGAGAAGCACUUUCCUAAUGCAUCCUUACCAGACAAUGUUCUUAAUGGGAGCACUGAAACUCCUCCUCACCUCAUAUGAUCACUACACUGGGAGUCACUACAUCAGUCUGGUGCCCUCAUAUUCCUGUCUCAAACUAUUUCCUUGAAUGAUACACAACAAAACAUGUACACAGCAGUUAGUGGCUCACCGAAGGCAUGAGUAUGGACAUUGUUAACAGAUUGGGAUUCUACUACGAUUAUGUUGCUGUGUUUGAGAUCCUUGUUUGAUACACUGGUCAUUAUAAAACCUUUUUUUUUUUUUUAUUCCAGGUCUUGGUCAGUUGUAAAAUAUUUGUUGGUGAAAUAUCGAUAAUUGAUCAGUUAAAUAGCAUUUUGUGUUGUUUUUGGUAGCAUUGCACAUACAACUAACUGGUCCCUGUUAUCCCUAACAACAGCAAAAGUUUUGUUUCAGCCUGUGGAGAAAAGUGGUUUCCAAAUAGUGAUUGAAGUUCAGUUUAGCUCUUUUACAUCCCAAUGUUUAAAACUAGGCUUGGAGUAAAGUGAACAGAUCCCAGAUAUGUAUUUUGGGGCAGCUUCUACCUCCAAUUUGGACAAAGAGAACAGACUUAUCCCAACAGUGUGUAACCCAAAUCACUUAAGAAUGAAACGCUUUCCCCAACAUGCUCUGCGAUAUAUUUGCAGAUUUAACAAUUUAAUACAAAAAAGGAGAGGCAUCAGUUGGGCCUAAUUGUAUGCACGUUUAUGCCUGAUUUUAAGUCCUGUGUGACCCUCCAAAUUAAAUGUACCUGUUACUGAGGUUUUGUCUUGUAAAGCGACAGUGGCUGUGGGUUAAUAUAGUCCACUGUAUAUUGUUUGAGAAUGGAACUUAAAUGGCAUUACAGUGUGUCCUGAAGUUAAGGGGUUUAUUGAUUCCCUCGUCAAGGAAUUCACUCUGAGUUUAGUCUGCGAGGCGUGACACAAUUUGGGGAGGUAUGGGGGAUUCACCAUUAGCUCGCCCAUAACUUAGAUGCAACUGCUUCCCCUGCUGGCCUUACCAUGUAAUGCCUUAAUCAGACCACAUCUCCUCACAGCUCAUCAGGACAGGUGUCUGUUCACUGAGACUACACACCAGCCAAUAAGAAGACAAGGCUGGUUCCUGUGGAGCAGUGUUUCAGGACUUGAGCCCCGGUGGUACUAUCUCUUGUUGUGUGUUCAUGUUCUAGACCAGCCUUAAUACACCUGAAUCCAAUUAUCACGGGCUUGAUGAAUCUUUGAGUCAGGUGUGUUAUUGCUGGGCUGAAACAGGUCGGCAGUUUGAACCAAGAAGACCUGGACUUUAAAAAAGGAAGCUGUCCAGAGAGAGACUAUACAGCUGCCUCAUUGUUAUUUAGCCUUUGGAUGAUCCUUGUGGAAACCAGGAAGAGUAGCUGCUUUUGACAAUAGCUAAUAUAAUCUUAAAUAAUGUUUAAUCUCCAACUUAAACCAGGUAGAGAAAGCAGAAGAUUAAGAAAUAAGAGCAACCUCUGUGUUCAUCAAUGAAAGGAAGUGAUGGGGCAUUUUUUCCUUCAGACAUGCUUAUUUGUAUUCUUCUGCAGUCAAAACCAUUGAGGUUGGGAAAUGCUAAAUUUGACAAUUAUAUUCUACCCUGUCUGUAAAGUGUUGACAACUGAAGGAUUAUCGUGUUCCAAUGUAUUUUGUGUUCGUGUCAACGGUAUCUGUGACAGUUUGCCAUUUUAUUUUAUUUUUUUAAUAAUUGAAUGCCCUUGCUUUUUCAUGGGGUAGUAUUGAGUGCACUUCUGGAUCUAAUGUUCACCACAGUCAUAUAUAGUGCUGCUUUUGACUUGUUAGAAUGGUAGUCUCUGUCUUAACCUUUUUAGAUCAGUGGUAUUCAAAAUUGGAUUGCUGUUCACCUUGUUUUAAAGUUGUGAUGUUGGGUGGUACAUUCUGGUAUGAAUACCACUGAUCUAGAUACUAAUCAUUGGGUUUUAUUUCUGUGUGCAAUGGAAACCUUGUGAAGAAAUCUGUAGCUUUGAAACAAGAUUGGAGAAAUUGUUUCCUUGCGCUUCUACUGAUUAACUCCCCAACAAACAACUCCCAAAUGCAUGUUUUUUUUUCUUUUUUUUCUUUUUUUUUCUUUUUUUUUUUACACUAAUGUAUUUUUACAGGCUGUUAAACAAUAAUACAAGUGAUGUCUUCUGGUCUGCAGGAGGACUCGAGUCUUAGCUUGGAUUACACUUCUUUGAAGUGUCCACUCCCUAGCGGCCUUUUAGUGAUGGACAAGAAGCUCUGUAUAUUUUUAACAAAGCAGUGUUUUUGUGUACUGUAUUCUUCCCUGAAAGUUUGUCUGGGGUAAAUGUAUUUGCAGUAUAAAUUACUUGAAAUGUACUUGAAUGGAAAAAUGUGGGAAGAGACUUAGUCAAUUGGUUGAAUGUCAGGAUUUACUCAUGCCAUUGUCAGGCUAAAUGAGCAAUGUUCUUAAAUGUGAGCAUUGAAUGUUCCUCAUUUAUGGAUUGAUUAAUUUAUGCACCUGUUAUUCAGACUUUCAGACAUCACGGCUGGCCACAACAGGCUAACUGUGAUGUGGUCAUGUCUUGGGCUGUUUUUAUUUCAUCCUUGUUGAUUUCCUCCCAUCAUUUAAGUAAUUUUGGGUUUACAGCAUUUGACAGGUAAUGUCAGAAAUUACUUUUAAAAAAAAAAAAUAGGAAGGUUGUUAUUCUUACCGGGUCUUUUGACCUGCUAUGACACUGGUGUAUCAUAGAGGUGCAGACCCCAGGUUUUGUCACUCAGCUGAAUCCCACAUAGUUCUGAAUUCGGUCACAAAAUCCUCGGACCCCUCUGGGUCAUUUUGACGGCUUGCCUUCCUGUUACUACCCCUGUGAUGGCAGCGUUUGUUUGAGAUGUCACUCGCUGUGUCAGGAUGGCUGUUAAUAAAUGUGUAUACAUAUAUGCACCUCAGAGACCAGCCAUCACUGUCAAACCCCUGCCCCUGUCUUUGACUUCCCUGCUUUUAAGAUGGUUUCAUUUUAUACACUGGUGUCCAAAGGGUCAGCUGGGUCAUUGCAAUUUGCUUUUGAAAAACCAAUUCAAGUUGCUAGUGUAUUUAUUUUCACAAUUUUAAUGCUUAGCACCACCUGCAGUCUUCCCAUGCCAGUGCUUUUGUAACAGCCAUACCAUCUCAGAAUUUCGGACAUUCCGUGAAAUUCCUGUGAUUCAUUUUUUUAAAGCAUUUACUGUUGGUGACUGAGCAUUCAUAAACUAUAAUAAUUUUGCUUAUGAUUACAGAUUGUUUAUUUUAUUGAAUCCUCUUGAUAUGCUUGUCUUGUUUGAUUCCAGUAACCAAAGUUAUAGUUUUUUUCUUUUUGUCUUGUAUUUGUCCUUCCUUAUUAUUGGAACCACUGACUUCAAUACAUACUUGAAAAAUGUUGCCACAGUUUCUGCAGCAUGUACAGUCACCUCUAAAUGAUCUAGAUGCUACAAAUUGGAUGUGGCUUUUUACCUUCAUCAAAGUUUAGAUGACAACUGAAUCUGAUGGCUGUGUCCGGUUGAUACUCCUUGUCUUCUCCAUACUGCAUCAGUGGGUAAAUUAAUUCAACUUGAGGUUUUCUCAUUGGCUGUAAGCACAAGGUUAUUUUACUGCAAUGCUACGUAUAUUCAAAGAAUUGUGUCCUGCUUGAAUGAAACAGGUCUUCCAGGGCCUUAAUGACCAUUUUCCUCUGUUAUUUUUUAAUUCCCACUUUCACCCCACAACAUUUCUCCAUCACCUUGAUAUUCCAGAGACCAUUUAUCCCCAGUUCCUUUCAUUUUCAACUGUGUAACGCACGAGCUGUAAAGACUGCUCAAAUGAGGUAAAGACUUUUUCCUAACUUUACUUUCAGAGUUGCUUAUAUACUGUAGAGCUCCUGUUAGAGACAAUACUGCAAUAUUGUACUGAUUAUUUUAAAUUUGUAAUUUGUGUGAAGUUGAUUUAUUUGUUUUGUUAAAAUUGGAGUCUAUUUUCUCUACCUGUUUUAAUUUCUCCCUCUUCAAAGCUGUGGAAAAUGUGUAUAAUGCUAUGAGAGCUUCAGUCUCCUGUUCUGGUAAUGGUUUCAAAGAUAUGAAUAUUAUAGUAAAGUCCUAAAAUUGUAUUAUGAAUAUUGUGUUAAAACAUGAAUGUUACUUAAAUGUAUUUCAACGCUUUGAUUAAGGGCUCCAAUUGUGAACAACCUCCUUGGUUUUUAUUUUAGAGUUUUAGAUUACUUUUUUUACAGAAAUUGAAAAAGGUCUAGACUCUGUCUUAAAAUGUCUACUUCCCAGAGGCCUCAAGUGAAACUUGUCAUAGGACCUUAACAUUUUUAUUCCCUCCACACUAAAAGGGAAACUCAAGUUUGCACCCUUUUUUUAUGUAAAAUAAAAAACUUCUCCUAAUCUUUA